UCCACAGUUGUAUAGACAAAGGGAUCACUGUAGAACACAGAAAAUACAAGUAUAACUUCUGCUGCUUUACAAAUCUAAUUACAACCUGUCAUAUUGAAAGGGCAGAAUUAGUAAAAUAAUGACUUUCUGUGUGUCUGGGACGGUAUGUGGGUGAUGCGCAUGGAAUGGUUCUAUAUAAGGAGUGCGCGGUCGCACACAUCGAGCCCAGUCGACAUGCAAUUCCGAACCACAGUGUUUCUGCUGGCCAUUAUCCCAGUGAUCCUGGGAAACACAAGGGGCAACAGGACGUGGCGUUUGUUGGAAACCAAACCAGGCCCCCCGCCGACCCAAAAGGAAGUAGCCGAAUUCAUCCAGCGCUUGGAGGCUCGAAACGUCAGCCUGAAUCUCCCCUCGCAUAUGAUCAACCUGUACCGCAGUUACAACUCGGGGAACUACACCGGUCUCUCCACUCACGAAAGGCCAGUGUUACCGGAAGUGGACACCGUACGGAGCCUGGUUGCAAAGAGUUUCCGUCACAAUGGGAGCCGGUGGAUUGUCACCUUUGACAUGUCCACACUUGCACCCGACGAGAAGCUUCAGUUCGCGGAGUUAAGGAUCACCUUGCCUGCCUUUGCCGAAUCCUGUUCGCUCUUGGAAAUCCACCACCAGUCUCGAUACCCGUGUGGCUCCGCUGUCUGCCAAGACCAGUUUUUCUUGGGAUCCUUUCCUCCUGAUUUAGUGCUGGAGGACACGGAGGAGUGCGCCGUUUACAACGUUACCAACAUCUUGCAACACUGGAUGAAUCGCAACACGUCUGGCUCUGGUGGUGGACAGGGUGGAGCGCAGCGCCCAGAGGCUGAGAGCCUGGUCUGCAAGAGGAAGCGGUCGCUGCCUGAAGUCAACGUGAGGGGCAAGCUGGAGAGGAAGGAGAUGGCCUUGCUGUUGGUUUUCUCCCGGAGACCUGAGCAGAAUUGCUCAGAGAGCUCUUCCCUUCUGAAAGAUGCAAAGGGCUCCAAGCGAGUGCGGAAGCCCCGAAGAAAGAAGAGUCGUCGGCUAAAACAGAACAGAAAGAAAGGCCGGGGUAGAGCUGGGCGCAGUGGAACCCCCAAGUAUCGACGCCCCCGGCACCACAUUAAGGGAAACAACUCGACCCUUUGUCGGAGGAUCAAGUUUGAAAUUAAAUUUGGUAAGAUCGGCUGGGGCGCCUGGGUCAUCUUCCCUAAAGUGUACAAUGCUUUUCGCUGCGAAGGAGAGUGCCCGCUUCCAACUGGGGAGGAUGUUAAACCCACCAAUCAUGCUUACAUGCAGAGUUUGCUCAAAUUCCACCAUCCAACAUUGGUGCCCUCUCCCUGUUGUGUCCCCACAAAAAUGAAUCCACUGAGUAUGCUGUACAUAGAAAAGGGUGAGGUGGUUCUACGCCACCAUGAGAACAUGGUGGUACGAGAGUGUGGCUGUCGUUGACCUAACUCCUUACAUUGACGUCAUUUGUCAAGACUUAAGGCUGCGAGGUACUGGCAUGUUUGAGUGGCUGGGUAUUACAGAUUGCUCUGCAGUGAUGUACUUCUACAGCUGACUGGCCACAAGCUGUCCUGGGCACUGCUGGGUGGAGUAAACAAAAGUAAUUGUUCGUGGAAGUCAAAGUACAUGGACAGAUUUUUAGAACUGGGUGGAAAUGGUUAAGCAGUCAAAUGCUCACCAGGGACUGGCCAAUGGUAAUGGCACUACAUCCAGAAAGAAGUUGCUAACUGCUCAGAAAAAAAGUUGAAGAUGGAAGGGGGCAAGCAGAUGAAAAAGUUAAAAUUAUUUUGUUGUAUAUUAUCUAAAGUGCUCUUGAUUAUAUUUUUAUAGCUCUUGAUUAAUAUGGCUGUACAAUCAGCAUGAUAUUUAUAUUUAAAUAUCUUAUCCUUUGUUGAUUCUUGCAUUGUUUUCUUAAGCUUUGUGUACUCAGUUUCUUUUAAAAGCAGCACAUUUUCUUUGUUAUCUCCUCUGAUAAAGGCAGUGUGCAACUGAUUAAUAAAGAAAACAAAAUUCCAAGUUGAAUCAAAUUCAGUUUUGGCCAAGUUUAGCUUGUGUAAUCUGUGCUCCUGGAGUAGUAAUCAAUCACAGACGGCACCUCUGAUAGUAGCCCAGUAUGCUGAACCAUGAAGUUUUAUAUAUAUGUAUAUGCACAUGUACACACACAUUCAUUGUGAUUCUUUGCAGAAAUGAAAGAUGUGUAAUGUUCACUAGGUUCACGAGUGUAGAAUGGGCAUUCAGGGCCCAAAAUAAUGUCUGCUGAUGAGAGGUAUCUUUGUACAUGAAAGUAUAGUCAGUGGCUAAAAAUACCCUUGACUAUCAACUUAACCUUUCAUUGUAACUGUUUCUUUUUCUACAGUUGCUCCCCACCUUGCCGAAUUUUCCAAGCAUUUUUUGUUUUAUUUUAGAUUUCCAGCAUCAGUAGUCUUAUUUUAAAAUUUCCUUAACUACUUAAUUAUUCUCAAUUUAGAAAAUUGAUACUCUGCCACGAAUAUUCUAUGCCUAAAGAUUAAUACAUGACACUUGGAAAUGCAACUGCAGUUGAACACCUACGCUUGGACUUACGAGCAAACUUGAUGCCUCAUAUGUGGAUUUUACACUCACUGUCAGGGUUAAAAGAAAAGUUGAGACAUAAGAAACUGCAAAUGCUGGAAUUUGGAGCAACAGAGUAACUCAGAUUUGAUUUCCAUCGUCUGGGGAAGAAUUUUCUGUUCACUGAUCUGAGGGGACGGUGGUGGCUCCACGCUGAUGCAGAAUUCACUCAGCAGCAAGGCCCAGCUUGAGCAGGAUUAAUUAAAAUGAAGCGAAACGCAUCUUCAGGAGUUCAGCAAUUCGACCGACCGAACAACACAUCUUCUCACCUCUGGUGAUGCGUGCGGGCGGGCGCUUCACAGGGGGUGGAGCUUCAAUGGAGUUAUGUCAGAAUGGGCAGGGCUGAAGAAACUUCAGUGGGCGGUACCAGUGGAGCGGAACCAGACUCAGAAAUCAAGGCAAUCGCUUGGAUGCUGCUAGGAACCGCCCUGGAUAAAAUAUAAGGGUAUCGUUGUUGCUUUCACAGCUUUUGAACGCAUUUAUUUUAUUAUAAAAAUAUAUAAAAUGGAAAAGUGGACAGGUUUGGGUCUCUACUUGGCACAACAAAUCAGAUCAACAAACCCUUCUCUCUCUCAGAUGAACUGAGGGGAAAAUACUCGUUUAUUGUUGUCAUAGCCUGACUUUUACCAGGUAUAAAUGCCAUGAAAAAUAAGCAUUUUGUCACAGCUGCACAGUUCCCUGAUGACAGAUGCCACCUCCCUGAGAUAUUACCUGUUGUAGAUGUCCUUGGAUGAUGGGGAGAGGUUGUGAAACUGGUUAGUCCACAAUUCUCUAAAGGCUCUUGCAUUCCUGUGCACUGGA